AUGGAGAUGUCCCUGGAGGUGGCCAACAUGACCAAGGUCCAGCAGUUUGUCCUCCUGGGCUUGUCCACUGGGCUGGAGGUAAGGAAUGCACUGUUCAUCAUCUUCCUCACGCUCUACCUGCUGACCCUCUUGGAGAACACGCUCAUUGUCUACCUCGUUUGCACUCACAGUGAGCUCCGAAAGCCCAUGUACUUCUUCCUGGGUCACCUCAGCUGCCUGGAGAUGUCCUAUGUGUCUGUGACCAUGCCCACCCUGCUCGUGGGGCUGUGGAUUGGACCCUACCAUAUUUCCUUCACAGGUUGCAUGACCCAGCUCUUCUUCUUCAUCUCCCUCAUCUGCACAGAGUGCACCCUCCUGGCCUCCAUGGCCUAUGACCGCUACAUGGCCAUCUGCUGCCCACUGCAUUACCCACUACUCAUGCGGCCCCAGGUCUGUCUGGGCUUGGGCAUGACUUCCUGGCUGGGUGGACUGGUGGUCUCGGUGAUCAAAACAGCGUGCAUUGCCACCCUGUCCUAUUGUGGUCCCAAUGUCCUCAACCACUUCUUCUGUGAUGUCUCCCCUCUACUCAACCUGUCCUGCACCCACGUGGCCCUCACAGAGCUGGUGGACUUCAUCUCUGCCAUCGUUAUCCUCUGGGGUUCCCUUCUUGUGGCCAUAGCCUCCUAUGUGGCCAUCGGCAGGACUGUGUUCCACAUGUCUUCAGCUGCUGCCCGCCACAAAGCCUUCUCCACCUGCGCCUCCCACCUGGUGGUGGUGGGGAUCUUCUACUCGGCCACCAUCUUAAUUUAUGCCCGGCCCAGCCACAUAGAAGCCAUGGACCUCAACAAGGUGCUGUCGGUCAUCUACACGGUGGUCACGCCCAUGUGCAACCCCAUCAUUUACUGUCUGCGGAACAAGGAGGUCCAAGCGGCUAUCCAAAAAUCCCUGCACUAG